GACUCGCUGGGUCGGGGCGAGUCUUGAAGGCUCCUGGGCGGAAGCUGUCUUGCGGCCGCCGGUUCUUGGUGGGGGUCGGGCUCGGAGCCAAGCCUUGCUGGGAUGGUGCCUACUGGGGAGCCGGGGCCGCUGGCCUGCGACGGGGCCGAUGACCUGGCUGCCCUGGCGGAGCUGGACGAGGCGAGGCUGCUGCAGAAUCUGAGCGGCCGCUUCCUGCAGCAGCGGGUCUAUACAUAUAUUGGGGACAUUCUGAUUGCGAUGAACCCGUUCCAGAGCCUUCCGCUCUAUGAGAAACCAGUGUCGGAGAAAUAUCAGAACCAUGACAAGGGUACCCUACCCCCGCACAUCUUUGCCAUUGCUGACAGAGCAUACCAGGCCAUGCUGGGACAUCUGGCAACAGGACCUCAGAACCAGUGUAUCGUCAUCAGCGGAGAGAGUGGUGCAGGGAAAACCGAGAGUGUAAAGCUACUGCUGCAACACAUCAUGCACCUGUGCAAGGGCAACUCACAGCUGGAGCAGCAGAUACUGCAGGUGAACCCAUUGCUCGAAGCCUUUGGCAAUGCACAAACCGUGAUGAAUGACAACAGCAGCCGCUUUGGAAAAUACAUGCAGCUGAGGUUCCAAAGGAGUACAGUGAGGGGCGCCAAGCUGAGCGAGUAUCUGCUAGAGAAGUCUCGUGUGGUGCAACAAGAUGCUGGAGAGAGGAAUUUCCAUGUCUUCUACUAUAUGUUUGCUGGGCUCACUGCAGAGGAAAAGGAGAUGUAUGGAUUGCUAGAUCCCUCAUUGUACAGGUACAUAAGCGGCUGGUUUAGGGCAGAGGGUGUGGCUGAGUCCUGGAAGCACAAGUACUGGGAGGUGCGUAAUGCCCUAGACAUGGUGGGCUUCCAGGAACAGGAGCAGGUGGACAUGCAGGCAAUCCUGGCCGGAGUCCUGUCUCUGGGCAAUGUGACCUUCCAGUCCCAGGAGAACAAUGGGGCCGUGAGAGUGAGUGAAGCCUCCAGGGGGUGGCUGAAGGCUUCAGCGGGUCAAUUUGGAGUCCAGGAAGAGGAACUAUUGAAAUGCCUCAUUUGUAAAGUGUCCGUAACGCGGGGAGAGCAGAUUCAGCGUUUCCACACCCAGCAGCAGGCUGAGGAUGCCCGGGACUCCAUUGCUAAGGUGGCAUAUGGCCGCGUGUUUGGUUGGAUUGUCCGCAAAAUCAAUGAACUGCUGGCUGAGAAUGUGGAUCCUGAGGUGGAGCUGAGGGAGAUUGGGAUCCUGGAUAUCUUUGGGUUUGAGAACUUUGUGGUGAAUCGUUUUGAGCAGCUCUGCAUAAACUUGGCCAAUGAGCAGCUGCAGCACUUCUUCAAUUAUCAUAUUUUCCAACUGGAGCAGGCCGUGUACCAGGAGGAAGGGCUGCCCUGGGAGGAAAUUACAUUCAACAAUAACAAACCCAUUUUGGACCUGUUCCUGGCCAAGCCGCUGGGGCUGCUGUCUCUCCUGGAUGAGCAGAGCAUGUUCCCUCAGGCGACUGAUAAAACCUUUGUGGAUAAACUGAACAGCACCUUCAAGGGGAACUCACACUUCCAGCCAUGUAGGGGCCGUGUGCUAGGGUUCAGCAUCAUUCACUAUGCAGGGAAGGUUCAGUAUGCUUCCAGUGGCUUCCUAGAGAAGAACAGAGACACUUUGCCAGCAAAUAUCCGGGGUCUCUUCAUCAACAGUGUCACCCCACUACUGAGUGUGCUGUUCACAGCCACAGUCUCCAGAACAGGGACUUUGAUGCCUCACAUUAAAGCCAAGGUCUUGCCAGGAACAGACAAUAACUUCAACAACACACGGAAGCAAUCAGUGGGUGCUCAAUUCCGGCAUUCACUAUCCGUGCUGAUGGAGCGAAUGUACUCUGCUAACCCACACUUUGUGCGCUGCAUCAAACCGAACAGCCAGAAGGAGCCGGGCGUGGUUGACAGCCAAGUUGUGCUGGAGCAGCUCAGGUACAAUGGAUUGCUGGAAACCAUCCGGAUUCGGCGAAACGGCUUUUCCUGGAGACCAUCUUUUGAGGAAUUUGCAGAAAGAUACCGAAUUCUCCUAAUUAAACCAGAUGUCCCACUCACACAGGAAAGCUGCUUGGAGAUUUUGCAGAGUACAGAGCUGAAAGACUGGAGAUGUGGGAAGUCCCGCCUCUUUUUUAAGUACUGGCACCAGGAACUGCUGGCAAAGAGCAUGGACCGCCUGGAAAAGGCAGCAGUAAUCAUCCAAAAGACUUACAAGAGAUUCUGCUGUAGGAAGAGUUACCAGGAGCUGGUGGUUGAGCUCAGAGCCCGGGAGAAGCACUUACAGGAGGAAGCGGAGAGAGAGAGCAACAGGCAACUGGAACUGGAGUCCCAGGCCCAGAUUGCCUCACCAGUCCCUGUGCCACGGAGGAGACGUCCUCAGCCCCUUCCCAGGUCUCAGCCUGGAGCUGAUUCUCUGACACAGCCACCAGUACCACGCCCUCGCAGCAAACUCACAGAGUCGACUCCCUUUGAUAAUUUUUUGCGCUCCACGCCCUGCCCUGUGAUGGGGACAGAGGGGCAGACAGGAGAAGAAGAAGAAAUGAGGCAAAUCAAGAGGGGAGCAACUCUCCGCUGGUUCAGAGAGACACAGGCCAGGAGGGUUAUGCAGGAUGAUGGGGCCUUUCCUGGCUGGCUGCAUGGGAUGAUCAGCAGGAGGGAAGCUGAGAACUUGCUGAUGGACAAGCCUCUGGGCUGCUUUCUGGUUCGAAUCAGUCAGAGCAGGCCAGGCUACACCCUGUCAUACAGGGGUGAGAGCCGCUGCAGGCAUUACAUGAUUGAGAUGCAGCCCAAUGCACGCUAUGUGAUCCUGGGGGAGGACCGAGCUCACACCUCACUCACCGCGCUGGUCCAAUACCAUCGAACUGUGGGAAUCCAGCCCUUCAUGGAGACAUUGACUGUGCCCUGUGAGCAGAGAGGUGAUGGGGACUCUGAUUAUGAGGAGCUGAAAUUCCACACCCUGGCCCCAUGGCCAGCAGAUGGGGAGAAACAGCCUCAAAGGGAACAGGCUGGUCUUAAUGGGGCACCUGUUGUCAGCCACAUCCAGCAUGCAGGAGCAACUGCUGUUCUCAAGCACAUGCGUUUCAGGAAAUCAAAGAAAUGCCAAGAGCAGCAGCUGAGCCCAGAUGAGGAGGGGGCGGAGCGAAGCCCAUGUGAGGCUGGGGUGGCCAGACGGGCCAUUCCUCGCCUCUACCCCUCCAUACGGUUGGCAAUGUGGGAAAUCCAGCAGUUUUCUUCCCACCCCUCGAAUGGCUCCUAUGCUGAGCUGCAACUGAAGCCCCAGCACUGAAGGCAGCGGGGCCCACAGCAAGAGUGACAUGACAAACCUGGCUCAGGCCCUGCCCUCCUCUGGUGCUGCAGGGCCCUGCAUCACCUGGGAGAAGCACCUGGGGAGAAGGCAGCCUCUUCCACAUGCACAGGGCAUGGACAAGACACUGGGAGAGAAGAACUUUCUGCAGCUUUUUGUCAUGCUCUGCCACUGGGGAGCUGCUGUACAGGCCAGUCUCUGAUUCUGGCAGAAGGAGGUGAUGGCAUGACCAAGAGCUGGGGUCCUUGUGCAAAUCUGUAUGGAAAUCUUGGUGGUGAUUUUUCUGAUACAGCUGGAGAAUGAAUGCCCUGUGCUUCAUGUGUUUAGAUAUUUGGCUGUGUAUGUCUUCUCCCUGUGUGCUGUCCUAGCUCUGUGCAGACAGCUGGCACAGCAGACCUCGAGCAAACCGCCCAAUGACCACAAGAUCCGUUAGGGUGCGAAGACACCUGGCCAUGUUUAUUGUCAACAAAGCAUGGUAAUAGCACCUGGCAGACUCUACGAGAUACUAAUAUGUGUAUGCCCGUGAUAAGGGACGCAGUUCAGUGAAUGGCGGGACUUUCCAUUCCCCCCUCAGCUGGUCAAAGAUACUCCCUCUGAGAUACAUCUUUAUACCCCGAUACAAACAAGUUAGUACUGCCUCUGACAUGGUUACUGCCCCCUGAUGUGGCUAGUUAUCACCCAUCACCUUGUACAUGUUGGUCCAAUCAAAACAUCUCUAUUACGUACUGACAGGUUUCAGAGUAGCAGCCGUGUUAGUCUGUAUUCGUAAAAAGAAAAAGAGUAUUUGUGGCACCUUAGAGACUAAAAAAUUUAUUUGAGCAUAAGCUUCGUGACCUACAAGCUUGUAGCUCACGAAAGCUUAUGCUCAAAUAAAUUUGUUAGUCUCUAAGGUGCCACAAAUCCUCCUUUUCCUAUUACAUACUUUCAUCCUGACCUUAUUUUUGUAGGAGGGGUUAGUUUGUUCCUGUUAUCCUUGAGGAACGUUUUUGUACCAUCCUUGAUUAUCAGGAUGUUCUGGUACCACUUAAUAUCAGGAUGUGUUUGUGUAAGUACUCUGUGCUUAGCACUUCUUAGGAAUGUGUAUUUCUGCAAUAUCAGCCCUGUUUUGCCACAUUCUAUGAGCAGGUCCUCCCUCAUACCAAGCCUCUAAUACAAGGGCUUAUGUCUCGGGCUCUCUUCCUACUACAUUUUGGUUAACAAAUCUGAUCACUCAGGCUGUCUCACAGUAUUCCUUUAGCUCACAAUUAGAGUGCUGAUUUUCAAUCUCCCAUUUUGAGUUUUCUCUGUGCUUUGGCAAGGUCACUGUGGGGGUUUGGACCCGCUGUUCUGGCAGGCCAUGGAUGUCUGGCGCUGGGGAUAGGGAAUUAAAUUGAUUUGUUCCUUUUGCCUUUCUAGCAUCAAAACCAGAACUGAGACCCUCACAGAAACAGGAAGGGGCUGUUGCCUCCCCUAAGCCAAAGCCCUCACUUGGGCUACUCCCCCAUCUCUGUGCUGGGUUCUAGCCCAGAACAGAGAAAAUGAGGGACCUGUUCCUGUCCCCCAUGCCUUGGUCUCCAUGGAGCAGUAACACUACGUCUUCAGGCUGCACAAUGGUGUCCCCUGACUCAUGGCACAGAGGAGCAAGUGCUGCACUAUUUACAUUUUCUGUCAUUUAACACAUUGAAUGUAAUGAGACUUUUUGGAACAGCUUCUCUGAUGUUAGGAGGAGGCCAUGACCAUAGGCGCCGACUCCGUAGGUGCUCCAGGGCUGCAGCACCCAUGAGGAAAAAUUAGUGGAUGCUCUGCACCCACCGGCAGCCAAGAUCCCCGCCCCGCCCCACCUCCUCCUCCACCUCCUCCCCUGAGCACGCCGCGUCCCCGCUCCUCCGCCUACCUCCUAGUGCUUGCCGCCGCCAAACAGCUGUAGCAAGCUCCGGGAGGGAGGGGGGAGGAGCGGGAACAUGGCACGCUCAGGAGAGGAGGCGGGGCCAGGGCAGGGAUUUGGGGAAGGGGUUGGAAUGGGGGCAGGAGGGGGCAGGGCAGGGGUGGAGUUGGGGUUGGGCCGGGGGCAGAGGAGGGGUCGAGCACCCGCCGGUGCCAGUAGAAGUCGGCGCCUAUGACCAUGACAUCUGUGUUCCUAUGGUCUUCAGCCAUUUCUCUGAGUCCUGGGUGUGGGCAAAGUGCUGUCCAGGAGUCUGCUUAGGGACAAGGAAAUGGUUAAUGAUUGGUAACCAGGGCAGAGGUAAUAUUCACAGCCUCCUUUCAGUGCCAAGGCAACUGUAGUGCGACAUUAUCCUGCUGUCCUAGCCUGUUGCUUUGACUCUGGCUUCCCUCUCUGUGGUUCCCUUCACUGGUGCACCCUUCUCUGUCGCUGCUUGUGUUCGCUGUCAGGGCCCUCCUGGUCAAUCCUCAUCCUCCCUGUCCUCUCAUUCGCUAUCAAGUUGUUGACACAUGGGUGCAUGAUGCCAGCCUCCACUGCCCACCUGUUAAAUAUUCAAACGAGCACCUUUAUGCUUUCUCCCAUGUUGCCUCUCAAGAUUGGGAGGCUCUUCCUAUAAAAACCCUCAAAGCUACCUCAUUAUUCGCCUUCAGAUCCCUUCUCAAAACUCUCCUUUGCCGUGAUGCCUAAAAAAACGUGACCGUGAUUAGGCUGUGAUCUCAGUGGUCCUCUGGCCUGUCAUGUUGACCAGUAAUGUUUCAUUGUUUCCUUGUACUCCCGUCAGUCUCUCUAUCCAUCUAUAGUCUCUUGUCUGAUACUUAGAACGUAAGCGCCUUGUUCCAGGGGCCUUCUGGUUUUUUUUUGUCCUUGUACAGCGCCUAGUACAUUGAGGUCCUGGUCCAUGACUAAGGCUCCAAGGUGCUACAGCCAUCAUCCCAAGCCAUCAGUAACAAUCACCAGCUCCUGCUACUUGACCUAGUGGUAGUUGAUAAAUUUUAUAGUCAGUUGCUUUAACUCACUUUGACUCAUUAUGAAAUAUAUUCAGAAGACCAAAGAACCAUUAUCGGUCAGGGUUACUGCUAAAACCAAUAAGAAUAUACUAUGGGGGAAAAAAGAGUCAAUAUGAUACUGGUCUCUGGAAGCCAUCUCAUGCAGUGUUGUUACGUUCACCUUACACAGAUGGUGCACUCCCAGAGUUAUACGUUUCAGCUGAUAGCAUUUAUAGGAUGAUUUUACAUGUUACACAUCUCUUUACAUGUCACUAAAAUCCACGCCAUCAGUUCAACCCAGUUUCUUAUCUUGUUGCUCUGUUCCUUCCCUUCUCUUUGUUUUGGAUACUCAUAUUCCAGGUACUGGUUUGUCAGUGUAACUACCUCUUGCUAUGGUAAAAUAAUCAUAUGUCCUGAUCCUGACAACUUUCAUAACUAUUUAAGCCAAAGCUUGCUUACUUACCAAUGCAAGGUGUUAGAGGACACUUAGCAUAAGAGACCAGAAUUAUAGUAAAGAUAUCGGCCAUCCAGGUGUGGGAAAUCAGUAUUUCAAGAUUCCCAUCAUGGAUAAGGUCAUUCAAGGUUUGAUCUGCCUUGUGCAUGUCAUGGCUAAUAUGAAUAAUGUGCGUGUUUUCUGUCUAAUAAUGAUUUUAAUUUAAACUGAGUGGAUUAAUUUACAUGUUUAAAAAACUGGUUGGUAAGUUUAUACUUCAUCUUGGUAUUGGGGAUCACUUUGGAUAAUAAAUUCAUUUUGAAAAACUGG